UUCCUCCCACGGUAGCUUCCGCGGCUCAAAGCCUGCGUACCGACCCUCAGCGGGAGCCUGGGACCCCCACCAGCGGGCGUGGUGGUGGGGCCACUGGAGGCCUGAAUCGGGUGGCGUUCUGGCGUGAGGAAGCGAGCUCUGCGACCCUGCGAAAUGGAUGGGGCAGAAGGUAGCACAGGGCAGCUGGGCCCAGCGGAGCGAUCCCACCGAAGCAGCGUUUCCUCUGUGGGAGCCCGAGCAGCUGAUGUGCUGGUGUACCUGGCUGAUGACACGGUAGUGCCCCUGGCCGUGGAGAACCUGUCCUCCGUCAGUGCCCAUGAGCUGCACCGCGCAGUCCAUGAAGUCCUGCAGCUUCCAGAUGUGGCCCUGGAGGCCUUUGCACUCUGGCUUGUUUCCCCUCUUCUGGAGGUGCAGCUGAAACCCAAGCACCAGCCCUACAAGCUGGGCCGCCAGUGGCCGGAGCUGCUGCUGCGCUUCACGGAUGCCACGGAUGACGAUGUGGCCAUGGACGAGCCCUCCCUUCAGUUCCGAAGGAAUGUAUUUUUCCCAAAGCGCCGAGAGCUCCAGAUCCAUGAUGAGGAGGUCUUGCGGCUCUUCUAUGAGGAAGCCAAGGGCAACGUGCUGACUGCUCGGUACCCUUGUGACCUGGAGGACUGUGAGGUGCUGGGUGCCCUCGUGUGCCGUGUGCAGCUUGGGCCCUAUCAGCCUGGCCAGCCUGCUGCCUGCACUCUGAGGGAGAAAUUGGACUCCUUCCUCCCUGCCCACCUCUGCAAGCGAGGCCAUGGCCUCUUUGCUGCCUUCCGGGGCCGCGGGGCCAAGACUGGGCCAGGUGAGCAAGGCCUGUUGAACGCCUACCGCCAGGUAAAGGAAGCAACAGGGAGUGAGAGUGAGCAUGAGGCCGCCCUGGGCUCCCACUAUCGCGCCUACCUCCUCAAGUGCCAUGAGCUGCCCUUCUACGGGUGUGCCUUCUUCCAUGGUGAGGUCGACAAGCCAGCACAAGGCUUCUUGCAUCGCAGUGGGCGCAAACCAGUUACCGUGGCCAUCAGUCUGGAGGGUGUGCAUGUCAUCGACAGCAAGGAGAAGCAUGUGCUGCUGGGGCUGCGCUUCCAGGAGCUGUCGUGGGACCACACUUCCCCCGAGGAGGAGGAGCCUGUGCUGUGGCUAGAGUUUGAUGGUGACAGUGACGGCACGCCUGUCAACAAGCUCCUGAGGAUCUAUUCCAAGCAGGCUGAGCUGAUGAGUGGCCUCAUUGAGUAUUGCAUUGAGCUGAGCCAGGCUGCUGAGUCCACUCUGCCCCAGGAGAGCGCAUCUGGUCCUCAGGAAGCUCCCAGCCCCUCUCCACCUCCCACUCAGCGCCCCAAGCUACGGAGGCAGGGAAGCGUGGUGUGUAGCCGGCUUCAGCAUCUCUCCACCAUCGACUAUGUGGAAGACGGCAAGGGGAUCAAGCGGGUAAAACCAAAGCGCACCACAUCCUUCUUCAGCCGACAGCUCUCCACCAGCCAGGGCAGCUACACUGUGGUACAGCCCACUGACAACAGCCUGGAGCAGAGCUGAGGGAAGCCAUGCCUGACGUCUGGGCGCCCCAGACCUGAACAGGCACUGCCCCAGGCAGGACCAAGCCACACUAGUCCAGAGGCUGUGGGCCUGGGGCUGUGCUGUACACGGCCUGCUGGAAAAGUGAUGAACAAGCCUGCCCUGAACCUGAUGGGAAGAGCUGGCCUGCAGCACUACAGCCUGCCUCCUCCUGAACUCCAGGCCCAGCAGCUGCCUGAGACCCCAGCUGCCCCUCCUGCUUUUCCCAAAGGGACUGCUGGCAGUUCUGGUGGCAGGGGACUGAAAUUGGAGCUCAGUGUUUGCCUUGGUCUCGGGACCCUGGUGGCCUUAUCUUGUAUUCCUUCUGUUGACAUUCCAUCCACACAGCCGGGACAGGCUGCCACCCUCUCUCGAGGGUGAGUGGGACUGGAGGAAGGCUCUGCAGGUGGAGGCUGAGCAGACAGGCUGCCUUCCUGUGGCCUGUGUUGCCUGCCUCUGGGCUGGAUUAUGGCUCUGCACGGGAAAAGCCCUUUCACUUUCCUGGACUUGAAUGGCUCUGAUCCACACCUGCCAGCCCUGUUUUCCUGCGAUCUGGGUCUCAGGGUGUUAGACUUUGUCUUGUCUUAUCUGCUUUGGGUGGUUAAAGCCUGGACCUGCAAUCCAGCAGUUCCCUUGCUAGUGUCAGCACAGCGCUUUGGGCUCCCUGAGGCCUGCACACUAGCGCAAGCCUUUUCUCCUGUGGAUGCUGGAAAGGGGCCCAGCUCUGCUCCCUUUCUGUUCUAGAGAGGAGCUGGUUCAGGGAGGGGUAGACCCUUAGGCCCCUCCAUGGUGAGUAUGUGACUCUUAGUACUUCCUGGGAGUUCCCACAGGGUUUCAGAGACACAGAGCUUUGUCUUCUCAGUGGAAAGCCGCAGAAAUGCAGCCCUUCACAUUUCUCUAAGCAGAAGGAGCUUACCUGCCCAGUGAGCUUCAGAGGUCUCGGCAGCAGAAAAGGGAACGGCUGCCUUGGCUUUUGGAAUGUCUGUCUGUAGGAUGAUGUCACCUCCCCUGUAGUCAAUCCUCUUGGAGUCAUGUGCAUUCCCAGAGCUACCAGCCACACACUGCGACAGUCUUGGUCAUCUCGACUGCUGCGGAUGGCUCCAGGUGUGCUGCGUGAGGGGCCAGGAUGUGUGUGCGUGCACACACAAACUAUGCAUUUCCUUAAGCAUCACUUGUGCCUUAAUCCUCUGGGACAGUGUGACUAAAUGUCCCUAGUGUCCUCAGACUUUCCUGUCACUUGACUUAUAAUUAAAUCAG